CUUACAAUUCUUCUGAGGACAUCUAUAAGUUUCAUAUUUUGUAGCAAACCUUAAGUUCUUUAAAGAGUGGUUGAAUGCUGCUGGAAUCAUAAAGAAUCAUCAAGGUCAUGUGUCUUAGUUGUCAAAUGGUUAAUAUUUUUUAUUAGGAAAAUUUAGUACAGAACCACCCAAAGGAUUUUUAAAUUUGGUUAAUGUUAUCUCAUCAAAUAUCUCUUUACUGGUAUUUUGCUUUGCAAUUUAGAAAAGGGAUGGUGCUGAGCAAAGCAAAAACCCUAAAUCAAAUAAGAAAGGACAGGGCAGAUUUUUUCCUCCAAAAUAGUCACUAUGUCUUUUGGAGGAUAGUUCCUCCAAUGCACUAUGUGUCACCUUAAAAAACUAUCUACGUGUACUUUUAGUCACAUGACCUACUUAAUAGUCAUGUGAUUUAUUUAAAUGAUUUAAUAAAUCAUAUGAUUUAAUACAUGUGGAUGAUCUUAGAAUUGACAAUUGACAAUCAUGUGAAAGAGUUCUACGCUAAUUUGAUGAAUUUCAAGAAAACUUCAAUCAAGAAAACUGUGAUGAUAAGGUUGGAACUUCAAAAGGGUUGAGUCAGCAUUUAUACAUGCAUAGUCAACAUAGAUAUCCAUAUGUGCAAAUAUAUAGGUACAUAUAUUGCAAUUUGUACUUGAAUGUCUUUCAAAAAAAUAUGAAAGAAAUACUAAUUAUGGGCAUUAUUUGGGAGAAAUUGAAAAAAAAAAAAAAAAAAAAAAAAAGGCUUCCAAUAAGUAGGAAUAUUUGUUUGAACUGAUUGAUUCCUGAGAUUCUAACAUUUAUUGUCAAAUUUGCUUGGAACCACCACCAAUGAGCUUUGCCUCAAAUGGCAUCAUCACCUCCCCUUAUAAGAGUAAGGUGGACGAUGCACAGUUAAAUCCCCAAGUCAGUCUGCCAUGGACACUCUAAUAGCAAAAUGCAAAAAUGCAAAAAAGCCCCUAGUGGUGGCUGGAUGUGUGCCACAAGGAAGUCGAGACUUGAAAGAGCUUGAAGGGGUCAGUAUAGUUGGAGUCCAGCAAAUUGACCGUGUGGUUGAAGUUGUGGAAGAGACCCUGAAAGGUCAUGAGGUGCGGCUUUUGAACCGCAAGACAUUGCCUGCUCUUGACCUUCCAAAGGUGAGAAAGAACAAGUUUGUCGAGAUUCUUCCAAUUAAUGUUGGUUGUUUAGGUGCUUGCACCUAUUGCAAGACAAAGCAUGCUCGUGGUCAUUUAGGGAGCUACACGAUUGAUAGCCUUGUCGGGCGUGUGAAUACUGUAAUAGCUGAUGGAGUUAAGGAGAUAUGGUUGAGCAGUGAAGAUACUGGAGCCUACGGUCGUGACAUUGGGGUCAAUCUUCCAACUUUGUUGAAUGCUAUUGUUGCUGAGCUUCCUCCUGAUGCAAGCACAAUGCUUCGGAUUGGGAUGACAAAUCCUCCUUUUAUUCUCGAGCACUUGAAAGAGAUAGCAGAGGUUUUGCGUCACCCAUGUGUGUACUCGUUUCUACAUGUACCAGUUCAAUCUGGGAGUGAUGCCGUCUUGAAUGCAAUGAAUCGGGAAUAUACUGUGAGUGAGUUUAGGACUGUGGUUGAUACCUUGAUUGAGCUUGUGCCUGGGAUGCAGAUAGCAACUGACAUCAUAUGUGGAUUUCCUGGUGAAACGGAUGAAGAUUUUGCUCAAACUGUAAGCCUUGUCAAGGAAUACAAGUUCCCUCAAGUUCAUAUAUCUCAGUUUUAUCCUCGACCAGGGACACCUGCCGCAAGGAUGAAGAAGGUCCCAAGUAAUGUGGUGAAGAAACGAAGCCGUGAGUUGACUUCUGUUUUUGAAGCUUUCACACCAUACAAUGGAAUGGAGGGUAGACUAGAAAGAAUUUGGAUAACUGAAAUUGCAACCGACGGAAUUCACUUGGUUGGCCAUACCAAGGGAUAUGUGCAGGUGCUAGUAAUUGCUCCUGAAAGUAUGCUUGGAACCUCAGCUAUUGUGAAGAUAACAAGUGUGGGAAGGUGGUCAGUUUUUGGAGAAGUGAUUGAGGCCAUCGACCAUAUCAAUGAUGAAUCAUCUUUAAGAAACAAUAAGCCUAGUCAGGCUAAAUGUUCACCAUGCUCUAACCCUGCUGAAAGUUGUGCAUGUACAAGAGAGCCAGAACCUUGUCCUUGUGGACAAGAAAGCUGUGGACCAACUACUCAUGAAGAAAGUUCUGUUUCAAGGAAUUCCAUGUUUGCAGAAGAUCUAAACAGCAGAAAUCUGAUUGGAUGGUUACUAAGGAAGCGGAAAAACCAUGUGCACAAAAAAGUGGAGUGCGAAAUUGCCUCGGGAUCCAUGAAAAAGCAAGAAUGGGCCCAGGGAAGCAUGGGUGUAUGGGGUGUUGUCGAUAAGGCUCUUUUGGUUGGAAUAUUUGUAAGUUUCUUGACAAUCAUGGCUUUACUGAUUCAUCUUGCAGUUAGGACUCUGGCGUCCAAUUAAAGAAUUUUGAUUGUAUUUGUCCGUUUCUGUGGGAGCAGAAAGAGAAUUUUGUUUCAACAAUUUUUUUGGAAGUGAGUUUUGUUAUAUGAUUGUUAUGUUGGAUAGCUCAGAUGCAUGUAUUUUACUAACAUUUUUUAGUAGGUGUGCCACACUGCUGAAUGUUUUUCUCAUCA